ACCCCCACCGUCCCUAGUCACCCUUCUCUCUCUCUCUCUCUCUCUCUCUCUAUCUCUCUAGCAAUUCGAAACCAGAAGAACAAACCAAACAAGAAGCCAAGCUUCCAUUUUAUGAUUACUACUUUCUAAACUCUAUGGCUGUUACUGGGAAGGAUGUGGAUCGGAUCAAGGGACCAUGGAGCCCCGAGGAAGACGAAGCGUUACAGAAGCUGGUCCAGAAGCACGGCCCUAGAAACUGGUCGUUGAUUAGCAAAUCUAUUCCCGGUCGAUCCGGUAAGUCUUGUCGCCUCCGCUGGUGCAACCAGCUCUCUCCUCAGGUUGAGCACCGCCCCUUCACUCCCGAGGAGGAUGAGACUAUAAUCCGUGCCCACGCUCGCUUGGGCAACAAGUGGGCUACCAUCGCCCGCCUUCUCAACGGCCGGACCGAUAACGGUAUUAAGAACCACUGGAACUCUACUCUGAAGCGGAAAUGCUCGACGUCGAUGGCGGACGACGGUACUUUUGGUAGUCGCGAUGCGUAUGAUGGUAAUUUGGGUGGUAACGGUCAGCCGUUAAAGAGAUCGGUGAGUGCGGGUUCUGGUAUGCCUGUGUCCACGGGGCUUUAUAUAAAUCCAGGGAGCCCAUCUGGAUCUGACGUCAGCGAUUCCAGUGUUCCUGUUUUGUCUUCUUCGCAUGUGUACAGACCCGUGGCUAGAGCAGGCCCUGUUUUUCAUCCGGUAGAAACGACGUCGUCUUCUAAUAACAACGACCCGCGCACCUUGCUCAGCCUAUCGCUUCCCGGUGCUGAUUCCUGUGAGGUCUCCAACCGAGCGGCCGAGUCAACCACAGUUCGAGUGGCGGAUUCUACUCCAGCAAUAAAUACAAUCUCUUUGAUGCCGCCGAUGAAUCAAGUUCCAUCUCCUCUACCGGCACAGGCAGCCGAAGCUGCUGUAGUGGGUAUGCAGCAGGGAGCAGCGAAUGUUGGAGCAGAGUCUGGAUUUGUUGGGUUCACUGCAGAGUUUAUGGCAGUGAUGCAGGAGAUGAUAAGAAGGGAGGUAAGGAAUUACAUGAUGGAGCAGAGUGGGGGCGGGUCGGCCAGUGGUGGAGGUGUUGGUAUGUGUUUUCAGGCAGUUGGUGGAGAAGGGUUUAGAAAUGUGGUGAUGAACCGAGUUGGGAUUAGUAAGAUUGAGUAGUGAGUAGCGAGUCAAAUGAGUCUGUGAAAUUGAACAGAGCAGAGAGUGGAGAGGAGAGAAAACUGAGCUUUCGUUUUUUCUCUUAUGUUUAGGGAAUAAUUUUGGGCAUUGUACAGAGGAAGAAAGAGAUGGGUAAAUGUGAAGAAGAAAAAAAAAAAUUAAUCAAGGAACGAAGAAUGCUUUUUUAGCAGAAGAAAAGAAACGAAGAAAAAUGGAACCUUUUACCCA